AUGGAAGGUUUAUACUCUUCCUACCCCUUCCAACAAUGCUUCGAUCCCAUUGGCUUGAUGGCAGACCCCGAAGAUGAGACCAUGACCGAUCAAUUCUUCGAUGCCGUCGAGUUGAUGGGAGAACCCGAAGACGUGGUGAUGACCGACGCCCCUCAGUCUUUCGAUGCCAUCGAGAUGAUGGGAGAUUCAGAAGACAUGGUGAUGACCGACGCCCCCCAAUUCUUCGAUCCCAUCAACCUGAUGGGACAUCAUGAAGGCUUCAUUCCCCACGGCACUUCCGACCUCAAGUGCCGUAUCAACCGCGCGACCACCCGAAAGCUCAAAUCGCGCUUGCUCUCCCUCCCGGCCAGCAAGUUGGGCAAGAAGUGCGUGCGGCAGAAGCUUGCAUUGCCGUGUGGCAAUGAGCUGUCUAAGCUUCGUGUGGAGAAUAUCAGACUUCGCAAGGCCCACGCAUUGAUUACUCACGACUUGACCGCUGCUUACGCGGAGGCUCAGCGUGUGAAGCUCUCGACCGACCAUGCCGCCAAGCAGGCCGCCAAGCAGACCACAGAGCUAGAGGGCAAGUAUGCUCAGCUCUGCACCGAACACGCCGCCAAGCUGGAGGCGCAGCGGAUUCAGCUCUCGACUGGGCAGACUACCGAGGUAGCGAGCAUACGUGAAAGCUUGCUAAAGGACUUUCAGGCCACGCUAGCAAGAGAGAAGCAGCUGAUCUACGAUCAAGCUAUGACUCACAUUGCUAGCCUGGAGUCCAAGCAUGCGGCAGAGCUGAAGGCCCAGCGAGGCAGUGAUGAGAAGAAGUACCAGGCUGACUUGGAAAGAGAGAAAGGGAUUAUGCAUGCAGAAUCCGUGACUCGUCUUGACAGCCUGAACUCUGACCACGCUGCCGAGCUGAAGAAGAUGGCAAAGGAAUGCCAGGAAAGAUUGGAUACAGAGAAGAGUAUCCAAUUACGACCUCUGAUCUCCAGCUUAAAGGAGAAACAUGUCAACGAGAUAAAGAACAUGCGGGGUGAAUUGAGGCAGAAAUAUCUCAAGGAGACCAAGAUGCUCAAGAACGAGCUUAAGAGGGAGACCGAGGAGCACGAGGAGACAAGAAAGCUUUGGUCAGAUGCCUAUGAGAAGCUGAAGGCGAUGUGGGAUGCGCGCGAAGGAGACGGCAACCCGAUGGAAGACCUUUGCAGAUUGAUGGGUGGCCUGUAA